AUGUUCCUCGUAUACCUGGCCAUCAUGCAUUCAACAACAGCUAUACGAUUGGACAUGACGAAUAGGCAACUGACAACAAUAACAGACAAAAUGUUCAAAACAGAAACAACUGCAACAAUUCUGUCGCUGAACAACAAUAACAUUUCGGAAAUUGAGGCUGGUGCAUUCGAAGGUUUAACAUUACUGGAAAGGUUAUAUCUACAAGUCAAUAAAAUUGCAAUAUUGAAAGUUGGACUUUUUCAGGAUCUCACCUCAUUAUCAUACCUUCGACUUUCUGAUAAUGAAAUAACAGAGUUAACGCCUGGUGUUUUUAGGGGUUUGCAGUCAUUAAAAGUGCUAGAUGUAAGUGGUAAUAGACUUCCAAAGUUGACCAAAGGCAUGUUCAAUAACCUAUCCGCAUUGACAAAGCUUUUCCUAAAACGCAAUGCCAUAACAAAAAUAGAGUCGGGUGUAUUUUUGGAUUUGCAAUCACUGCAAGAAUUAUAUUUAGAUAGAAAUUUAUUGGUAAUUUUGACAAAUAAUGUAUUUAGUGAUCUAGUAUCAUUAAAAGUCCUUCAGCUUAAUGCCAAUGGUAUUUUAGAAAUUGAGCCGGAUGCUUUUAGAGGCUUGUAUGCCUUGGAUGUACUCUUUCUUGUCUCUAAUGAAAUACAAGACUUUUCACCUGGUACAUUUAAUGAUUUACAUUUUCUAAAAGGACUUUAUUUAUCCGAUAACAAUCUUACAAAUGUGACACAGGGAAUGUUUGACAACCUUACAUCACUGUCACGUCUUGACAUCAAACACAAUGGCAUUGUAGAGAUUCAGACAGGUGCUUUAAGUGGUUUACACAGCAUGACAUCGUUUUACGUUAUGUAUAAUAAACUUUCAAAAUUGAAAGAGAACAUGUUCAGAAAUCUUGUAUCGUUGACCUCGCUCUUUCUUUCAUACAACGACGUAAAAGAGAUUACAUCUGGUGCAUUUAGGAGUAUGCGUUCAUUAAAUAAUCUAUCUAUGAUGAAUAAUAGACUUACAUAUUUGACAGUGGAUAUGUUUAAUGACCUGGUAGAAUUGAAGUCAAUAUAUCUUUCCUACAAUGAAAUACAUACGAUUGCAUCUGAUACGUUUAUCAAUUUACAAUCAUUAUCAUCUAUAUUUUUAAGUAAUAAUAAACUUACAAAAUUGACACGUGGAAUGUUUCAAGGCCUAAUAUCAUUGAAAACAAUCAAUCUCUCCUUCAAUGAAAUAAGUGAUAUUGCGCCCGGUACAUUUAGAAAUUUGUAUUCUCUAAAAUAUCUAAAUCUAAAUGAUAAUAAACUCAUAACGAUUCAUAUUGGUACUCUCACUGCCCUUUCUAAUCUUGAACAGCUUCGUCUAAACGGGAACCAACUUCAAGAAAUACCACCUGAUAUAUGUAAAGGUGAGCAUAAAUUACAACAAUUAGUUAUAAGUGAAAAUAAAACAUAUUAUGCAUCACAUGGGGACUUUGGCGAUGCGAUUACUUUUAGACAUAUCUGUGACAGCCAAAUGAAACAUUCGACAACUAUUGCUGAUGAACAAAUCGCAACUACGCAAUUGCAACAUGUAUCAACUGAGGCAACAGUGUUAAGUGUUCCAUUGGUGGCUGGUAUGGCAAUUGGAAGUUCAGGUUUUAUUGUAUCAAUUAUCAUCAUACUGUUAUUAGCGAUGUUCAGAAUGCGACGUUUACGUAAGCGUUAG